CUCCGGGCUCCCGGGGCUGAGGUGGAGCCGGAGGACGCCCUCCUGGCCGCGGAGCUGUCGCCUCUUCUCCGCGCGCGCGGCCGGGGUCGGCUUGGGCGUCGGAGGAAGCCGGGAGUCAAAUUUCCUUCUGCCUGCUUUUCAGCGCUCUCCUGUGCUUUCAAGUUACAGUAUUUAAUGAAAAAUCCAUACUUAAGGGGUAAAAAUGGCAGGUUUCCUAGAUAAUUUCCGUUGGCCGGAAUGUGAAUGUAUUGACUGGAGUGAGAGAAGAAAUGCCGUGGCUUCUGUGGUAGCAGGUAUAUUGUUUUUCACAGGUUGGUGGAUAAUGAUUGAUGCAGCUGUGGUAUAUCCUAAGCCAGAACAGUUGAACCAUGCCUUUCACACAUGUGGUGUGUUUUCCACAUUGGCUUUCUUCAUGAUAAAUGCUGUGUCCAAUGCUCAGGUGAGAGGUGACAGCUAUGAAAGCGGCUGUUUAGGAAGAACAGGUGCUCGAGUUUGGCUCUUCAUUGGUUUCAUGUUGAUGUUUGGGUCACUUAUUGCUUCCAUGUGGAUUCUUUUUGGUGCAUAUGUUACCCAAAAUACUGAUGUUUAUCCAGGACUAGCUGUGUUUUUCCAAAAUGCACUUAUAUUUUUUAGCACUCUGAUCUACAAAUUUGGAAGAACUGAAGAGCUCUGGACCUGAGAUUGCUCCUUAAAUCACAUUUUCCUUUUGUUAUAUUCUAUUUGUAGAUAAGUUUUUAUCUUUCAGUAUAAUUUACACAUUGCCAAAUGGAAUAGAUUGUAUGUUGAAUGUUUUGUUUCUUUACAUUUUUAUGCUCUGAGUUUCGAAAUAAUUUUAUGAAACUUUUGUCCUUUUUUUCAUUGAAUAGACUGUUAAUAUGUACAUAAUAUAAAACUAUAUAGAUUGGAUGAUGAAUAUCAGUUUUUUAUUCCUGAGAUUUAAAGUUUGAUCUGUUUCCUGAGCCAGGGUUGUAUCAUCAUGUCAUUUUAGAGGUAACUACUCUGUUUUAGUACCUUUAAUUUCUAAAGAUGUGCAAAAAAUAUAGAUAGCUCCAUAUAUCUGGAAUAAGCACUGAGCCAUUAAAGAAGGUAUUUCAGCAAGUUGUAAUUUAUUUUGGCUUAAAAAUGAGACUUUUUAAAAAGGAAAAUGUUUGUUCUUAUGUAUUAAAGAAAUGGACUUUUAUAUAAAGAUUUUUUAAAUGCCUGAAGGACUAGUUUGGAAGCCUCUUUUAAAAAGAUUUCCUCUAAUAUGACUUUAUUUGAGAAGGGAUAAUACAUGAUCAAAUACACUCAGUUUUCUAUGGCUAAGGUAAAAAGACUGUAAGGCAGUUCAACAGCAUGCUUCUCAUAAAAGCAGCUUAAAUUAUCUACUGGGGUUAUCUUUUGACAGACUGCCAUUAUGCAAUUCAAUAGCAAGCAAGUUUGAGACAAAUACAAUUUAAAAGCGUCAACCUUAUAACAAAAAGUGGAAUAAUUAGUUUAAAGAUAAAGCAUUUCUUCCUGAAGGGAAUCAUUAAAGCCUAGUGAAAAUUAGGUGUUUUGUCCACUAAUUACAAACUGCAAGUCUCUUUUUGCUCUAGUUCUAAAGCUUUGGGUGAACAUUCCCGUGAAAUACACCUUCAACUUGAAAGUUCAUACCUCAGUCAAAAACUUCUCUUCUUGAAUUUGAAAUACAGUUUUUGCAUUGUGUGUAUUCCUGUGGGCCUUAUUGCUACUUUUGCUUUCCUUCGUUAUACAGAUUUUGUGUUGUGUUUCUUUCCCCAGAGGAAUUUUGUAGAGCCUUUUGUUGUAAGACAGAAUAACCAUGGUUGUAUAUGCAGCUUCUUAUGCAAGACUUAUGUGGUGUAUCUUCUCUCUCUCUCAGAGGAUUCACUGUGCACAGAGUAUGAAGCAGUUGUGGAAUGCUGUGCCCUUGUCUAGAUGCCCUCUUGUUUGAUUACUUCUUUCUUUUUUUUUUCCCCUCAAAAUGGCAGUAAGCUUUGUCUUGCUUCCAACAAAUUGUUUUCACUCUCAUAACCUGUUGGAAUAAAUAUUACUUACACAUUUUAAUAUUAUUAAGUUUGUUAGAGAAAAUGAACCAUAAAUAUUGGUUUGCUCUUUAUUUUCCACAUGCACAUCUGAUCAAAUAAGCUGUUUAUAAAAUGAGAAGAAAUAAUGUACUCAGACUUGUAGAAUGCUAGUGUGAAGGUCAGUGAAGGGCAUCCCUGAAGACCGACUGAAAAUGGUGGCUGUUUUUUAAUCACAAACAAAUCAUUUCAUUUCCUCUGUUUGUUUCCUCAUUAAAAAAAAGAGAGAUAUGUUAGUUUCCACUCUUACAGAUAUUGUAAGUUAGAAAGGAUAGAAUCCUUGGUAAUCACUUAAAAAUACAUGUGAUUCUCUCAAUAAAGGUCUCAU